AUGAAACAAGCUAUCUUAGUUGUUGCCUUUGGGUCCACUGUGGACAGUGCUCGUGAACAUAAUAUCGAUUCUGUAGUAGAACAUAUUCGUAAAUCGUAUCCGGAUUAUACUGUAGAAUUAGCUUUUUCGUCUCGUAUCAUCGUUAAGCGCUUACGUGAGCGUGGUAUUGAGAUUCCUACUGAACAAGGGGCGUUAGAAAAACUGAUUCAAGAAGGUUAUACACAUGUAUAUGUGCAGCCACUUCAUUUCACCGGUGGUGAAGAGUUCGAUAAAUUAAAAAAUAAUAUCCUUGCUCAUGAAGGUGAAGGACAACUCGAAGUGUUGCGUGUAGGUAGACCUCUCGUAUACUACAUGGGACAAGAAGAGCAUCCAGAUGAUUACCAAAUUUUGAUUGAUCGUUUCAUUAAAUCUCUUAAUAUUUCCAAAGAUGAUGGUUUGUUAUUGCUAAUCCGUAAUGGACUUACGAAUGUGCGUAUUGCUGUACUUGAAAACGCACCAUAUGUGUCAGAUGUAGCAAUGCCUUGGGAAUGGCUUGAUGGUAAACGCCCAAAAACAAUUUAUGUACAUCCUUUAUUAUUGGUACUCGGGGAUCAUGCACAAAAUGAUUUAUUUGGUGACGAAGAGGAUAGCAUAGUGAAUGAACUCGCUGGAGCAGGAUAUGAGGUUAAAUCAAUUCAUAGUGCUCUAGAAAUCGUUCCCGUAGUAUUCCCAAUGGUGUUGGAUGAUUCUACGCAAGAGGAAGGCUGGCAAGAGGCUAAACGCGUUAUCUUGUCUUACUUGGAUGAAGCACAUAUAUGUAUGUAUAACCGUUUGAUUGAAAACACAGGGCAUGAAAUUGAAACAAUUCCUGGCGUUACUGCAUUCUGUGCUAUCGGAUCUCACCUUGGCUAUCCAAUCGUAGAGAAGGAAGAGGUGUUGGCUAUCGUUCCAGCUACAGCGCCUAAAGAAAAAAUCGAUGCUGUAUUGGCUGUUGCAGAUGAUGCAGUUAUUAUGAAGGUAUAUAAAAACUUUGAUGAAGUACAAGAAACCUUGAUUAAACAUAAUAUGGCAGAUGAUGCGGUUAUGAUUAGCCGUGUAGGUUUGCCUGAUGAGCAAGUAUUCGUAGGUUUAGAUAAUAUACAAAAAGAUACUAAACUCAACUACUUAUCUACAAUUCUUGCAAAACGCAAGGAUCGUUAA